AUGAAUUUUAAAUCAUCGAUAAUUAAAAAAAUGUCCAAUUUAUAUGAUGAUCUAGCAUUUUGUGAGUACCACACUCCAAACACAGGGAAAGAUGGAGCAAAAAGGAAAAAAUUCAACAAUAAAAAUAAUUCAUCAUCAUCCGUAGAAUGGACUCGAAAACAGCUCUACCUAAAAGAAUGGUCCAAAAUUGAUCGAAUGAUUGAUUCUCGAAUUCAAACAUUGCUCGAACAAUUUCUUUGUGAUUUUGUCCAAACAGAAAUGAUCAAUAGCGAUCAAUCAAUCAAUAUGAAAAAAAUUCCCACUACUAUUAUGACUUUGAAUACACCAUCAUUAUGUAAGAAACUAAUCCAUGGCCUUGAUUCUAUGCUCAACGAUUGUGAUGAAAAGAACUUGACGAUACUUAUUCAACUCGAUCCAUCUCAUGAUACAAUGCGAAAUAUUUUGCAACAAUUUCAACGAACUUUUAGCCAACAACAAUUGUUUGAUGAUAAUUUCAAUCUGGACAUAUUGCAGACGAUUGAAGAUGUGCUUAAAUUAGCAAUCAAAACCACUCAAAUAAAUGGCCAGCAGGGUCAGCAUUUGAUUGUGGUUGUGUAUGAAUUUGAAAAAUUCAAUAUGAAUGUAUUGAAUAAAUUCAUCACGAUCAUCAAGUCAUUCAUCAACGAUAUCCCAAUAGGAUUCAUAUUCUUCAAACAAAAUCUAUUUAAUGCCAAUCUAAAUAAUUAUCUUCCAUUGGAUACGAUUGAUCAUUUAUUUGUUCGAAUCUAUAAUGAUGGGUUUCAAAAUCCUAUUCUGUCCUUGUUCGUCGAUAUUAUUCAAGAUGAUAAUCUUCGAAUGAAAUUUCAUCCAAAUUUGAUCGAAAAACUAUCGGAAAAUUUCGAACGAAAAGAAUUAUCUUUUGAAUAUUUCCGUCAUUUAAUGCAAAUAAUUGUCUUUGAUUAUUUUAAUCAAAAUCCAUUAUCAAUAAUCUGUGAUGAAGAUUUUCAAUCAUACAAAGAUGAUGAUUUUGCAUCGUGUUUUCGAAAUUCAUUGAACAUCCUAUCAUUACAACAAAUCCCAUUCGAUGAUGAAUAUAUAGAUAAAUUAUCAAAAUGUUAUGAAAAAUUAUUGAAGAAAAAUUUCCAAUCGAUACAAUGUUUAAAUAUUGUUUUACAAUUAUUCAAUGAUCUAAGCAUACCGGUCGGACAUUUUACUAAUCAUUAUUCAAAAUUUUUCAAACAAAAAUCACCUGACGAAAAAUCAGUAGAACAUCUACAUCUGGAACGGCUUUAUGAUGUGACACAAAAUCGUAUGAAAAAUGCGCUAGAAAAAUUGAAAUUAACUAAUCAACAUCUAAUGACUAAUAAUCCUGCAUUGAAUGUUAUCAAUGAUUAUCUCGUUAAACUUGAUGAAUUAAUCAAUCGAGAUAAACUGGAACAAGCAAAACAAAAUGAAUCAAUACGACAAUUAGGUCUUGAAUGUCAGGUGGAAAUGGUCAAAGAUAAAUUGCGUAACAUCAAUUCUCGAUAUGAAUGGAAACGUACAUUGAAACCGUUGGCUAAACAAAAUCUAUCUCAAUAUGAACAAUGGAAAAAUAAUUUUAUCGGCCAGCUAGAACAAUCAUUAGUUGAUUGUCAUUUCAAUGACGAAGAACGAAAACUAAUCGAUGCUCUAUUCUGUAAUAUAUUUUCAAUGAAUCAUUUAUCCUAUCGAUUAAACAUUGAUAAAGCUUUGACUGAACCUACCAAUCACCAUGAUGGUGGUGCUGCAUUAGGUGAUUCAUAUCCAAGUUUUUAUAUCAUAUACAAUUUCUACAAAGAAUCUGGUGGCAAUCAAGUAAAUCUAAACGAAUGGUAUGAAAAAUUUUGUGAAGAGAAAAAAUUGUCAAAAAAUUCUAUGGAAAAAAAUGAUGAUGAAAUGUUUAUGGCUUGGUUUUUGAAUACAAUUCUUGAUUUUGAAUUCAUUGGCCUGUUGAAAAAUAGUGCUCAUAAUAAAUACAGUAAAAUUGUCCAUUUGUAAUAAAAAUUUUUUAUCAUCAA